AUGUUAAAUUGUUCAACUAAUUCAAAAAAAAUUUUUUUUUUAUCUACAAAAAUUUAUAUUUUAGGAAAAAGUGAUCCAUAUGUUAAACUUUGGAUUGAAAAAGAAUAUCCUCAAAGAACUAAAACUCAAGUUGGUACCUUAGAACCAGUAUGGAAUGAAACUUUUACAUUUAAAUUGAAGGAUAAUGAUAAAGUUCUUCAUCUUAAAGUCUUUGAUUCUGAUGGCCCAGAUCCAAAAAAAGAUGAUGAGCUUGGUGAAACAAAAAUAAAACUUGAUGAAGCUUUCCAAAAAGGAAAAAUUGACAAAACUAUUAAAUUACCAACUUGGCUUGGUCUCUUUAGUGAAGUAUUAUCAUUUGUUGAUUUAUUAUUUGUUGAUUUAUUAUUUGUUGAUUUAUUAUUUGUUGAUGAUGUGGUUGUGGUUGUGGUUGAAAUUGGAGACACUGGGCGGUUAAUAACUUCUCUUACAGCAUUAUCAAUAGCAUUCUUAAAUCUUCCUUCUUUUGAUGUUGGCUUGACAAGAAACAGUUUAACUAGUGUUCCAUUGAAAACACCUAGAUAA